AUGGGAAAGGGAAUCGUGGACGCUGCUGUCAAGGCUGGCAUCAAGCAUGCUGUUCACGCUUCUCUUCCAGCAGCCUCCGAGUUGACUAAGGGUCAGGUUCCAGUUCUGGCCUUUGACGUUACUGGCAAGCCUGCGCGAUACAAGGAAGUUAAGACUGGUGGUCUCAGUGCAGCCGACGAGUUCAAGACGAAGGAAGUCAAUGGCCUGUUCGAUCUCAUGCAUGCAAUCAAGGGGAAUUUCUUCAACGGGGUGCCCACAGAGCACGAGCAUGCCCGUCUUCUCAAAAAGGCUACAGCAGAGGCGCGACAGUCUAACAUUAGUUUGAAGCCGAUGACGCUGGAGCAGUUCUUCCAGAAAUAUGCCACGUAA